AUGCAGCGUGUGGCCGACAUUGUGCCACCAUCCAGCUCCGCGCUCAACAUAAUCACCUCUGCACUGUGGUGUUUACUCACCGCAAUACUGUUUGAUCAAGCCCAGCGUUCUGUGAAGCAGCAGCUGCACAACUUUGUGAAAGAGGAUGUUCGGAAGUUCAAGGAGACCAAAAAGCACUUUGACAGGGUGCGGGAGGAUAUGGAAAUAGCGCAGGUGAAGAAUGCUCAGGCGCCCAGGAACAAGCCGCACGAGGUCGAAGAAGCCACCAGCUCACUCAGCAUCACCCGCAAAUGCUUCCGACACCUUGCUCUAGACUACGUCCUGCAGAUUAACGUCCUUCAGGCAAAGAAGAAAUUUGAGAUCUUGGAUGCGAUGCUCUCAUUCAUGAACGCCCAGUACUCGCUGUUCCAGCAGGGCUACAACCUUCUUGAUGAGCUUGACCCAUAUAUGAAGAAACUUGCCGCUGAUCUGGAUCAGCUGGUCAUCGAUUCUGCCAUGGAGAAGCGGGAGAUGGAACAUAAACAUGCAACUAUUCAACAAAGAACCCUCAUGCAGGAUUUUUCAUAUGACGACUCAAAAGUGGAGUUUAACGUGGACGCCCCUAAUGGCGUGGUGAUGGAGGGCUACUUGUUCAAAAGGGCUAGCAAUGCCUUCAAGACCUGGAACAGGCGGUGGUUCUCCAUUCAGAACAAUCAGCUGGUCUAUCAGAAGAAGUUGAAGGAUGUACUUACGGUGGUAGUAGAGGAUCUCCGAUUGUGUUCUGUAAAACCAUAUGAGGACAUCGAGAGGAGGUUCUGCUUUGAGGUCGUCUCCCCCUUCAAGAGCUGUAUGCUUCAGGCUGAGUCUGAGAAACUACGACAAGCUUGGAUUCAAGCAGUUCAAGCUAGCAUUGCUUCAGCCUACAAAGAAAGCCCAGACACCUACUACAUCGAGCACCUGGACAGAACAGCCUCUCCGUCCACCAGCAGCAUUGAUUCAGCCAGUGAGCCGCGGGAGCGCAGCGCCAGGCCUGAAACGAUCCUGCAGCGCAUCCAGAGUCUGCCAGGGAAUGAGCAGUGCUGCGACUGCAGUCAAGCUGACCCACGCUGGGCCUCGAUCAACCUGGGCAUCCUGCUGUGCAUCGAGUGCUCCGGCAUCCACAG